AGGAGCGCCUCCUCACUUUGCAGGAUGCCGGGAAAGCUCACAUCAGUUUGGCUAUUAUUGGCCGGUCUUACGUCGGGCGGCGGACCGGCCACGGUGACAGCGGCGCUCAUCUGUGCCAACGGCCAGGCCGGGUGCCGCGUCCUCUCGCUGGCCAAACUGUUUGACAGAGUCAUCCAGCACUCGGCCAGGAUGCACAGCAUCUCCGAUGACCUUCACUCUGAAUUUGAGCAGUACUUCGUGCCUAGUAGGAAUCACAUUGGAAGGGUCAGUCGCAACUGUCACACCGCCAACCUCCUCACCCCCGACAGCAAGGAGAACGCUGAGAGAAUAGCGCGCGAGGAGCUAACCGAGGUGAUCCUGAAGCUCCUGGUGGCGUGGAGGGACCCCCUUUGGCACUUCCACCAGAUCGCGGCUAACUUCAGCUCCGACAAAGCCCUCGAGAUGAGCGACAUGGUGCGUGAGCUACGCAAAGGCGUGGAGAAAGUGGCCCACAAGAUGCAGACGCUUGGGAUGAUCAGCAACUCCGUCAGCAGCCCGUCGUCCCGGGAGGAUCUCCCGCCCUCGGAAAGAGGCGAGUGGCGCCUGAUGAAAGACCACGAGCUCCUCUACUGCUUUCGCCGCGACUCGGACAAGAUCCAGAACUACCUGAAGAUCCUCAAGUGUCGCAUCGUACCCGAGCACGGCUGCUGA